AAAAGCCAGAAAAGAUAGUUCGAAAGCCGAUGGACUUCUCGGUGUCUGUUCGGCCCAACAACAUUUAAUGUCCCAAAACAAUAGUAAUUACGAGUGACAGAAACACAAACAGUAGGCAGUUUCGUUUCUUUUUCCAAGGUGGUUUUUUGGAUGUUUGAUCAUUUUCCUGUUGUAAGAACUUGGAAUUCUGUGAGCUGAAGCGGUAUGUCUGGUUGCAGCUGAGGAGUGAGCGGUCAAAGGAGGAUGGAGAAGGUGGUGGAAGAAGGGGAGAGGAAGAGGAAAGCUCAGGAGGAGGUUGGGAAUGGUGGAAAUGGCGGGGGAGCUGAAGGGGGUGAACAGAGGCAGAAGAGAAUUAGGCAGGAAAGUGGUGAAAUUUUGGGAAAUGGGGAUCUGGGAAUUGCUGGGGAGGUGGCUGAAGGGUGGUUUGGCGGUGGAAACGGCGGAGGGCUGAGUGUUGGGGAUGAAAUUGCGCGCCUUUUUGGUGAAGUGAGUGGCGGCGGCCUUGGGAUUGAUGGUGAAGGUGUGAGCUUUUGGGGUGGUGGUGGUGGAGAUGUAUGUAAAUUUGGCGGUCAAGGUUUUGGAAUUGAAGAAUUUCGAGGUGGCUUCGGCGGAGCUGGUUCUGGAAAUGGAGGUAAGAUUUUGGGUUGCGAGAAUUUUGGAUUUGGGUUUGUUGGAAAUAAGGACCCCGUUGGCGGUUUGGGUCUUGACGGCGGCGGUGGAGGCAUUGGGUUUUGGGGUGGUGAGCAUUCUUGUGGCGGACUUGGCGGUGGUGUGGGAAAUCAAGUUGUUGGGUGUGAUCUAUAUGCUUGUGAAAAUGCCGGUGAGGGAAUUCAAGGCCUGUUUGGUGGUGGAGUCAGAGGCGGAGCCGCCGGGCUUUUAGGCGCUGAGAGUGGUUCGAUAUGGGGUGGUGAAAGAGAUCAGGGCUGUUUGAGUGGAAAUGCGUCUGGAAAUGGAGGUGGAAUGGUGGAGAGACGAGGUGAAUGUGGCGAAGAUAAACUUGGAAAAAAUGCUAAAGAAGAGGGGGUUGGGUCAAAAGGGAGGCGUGGGAGGCCGAAAGGAUCAAAGAACAAGAAGAAAGUUGUUGGUGCUGAAGAGGGUGUUGUGCAAUCGAGUGGAAUUGCUGGAGAAAAUGUGGGUGAAGGCGAGAUUGUGAGGCCAAAGAGCAGGCAAGGUCGACCGAAGGGGUCCAAGAACAAGAAAAAGAAUAACCUUGCAGAUGAUGAAAAUGAGGGUAUGCCUGGUGAAAAUGUGGGUGGAGAAGGGACUGUGAAGCCACAGAGUAGGCAAGCUCGACGAAAGGGUUUCAAAAUUAGAAAGAAGGCUAUUGUGAAUGAUAAAAUUGAGGCUUUGGCGCCAGUUGUGGGUGACGAAACUAAGGAAUUGAUUGCCAUAGCCACCACCAGCAAUGGAGUUGGGAAUGAGAUCGUUCAGCCAAAGAAAAAGGUUCGUCUACCAAGGGGUUCAAAGACCAAGAAAAAUCUUAUAGGAGAGGAAAAUUAUGGCAUGUCAAUAUUAGGGGCCGAGGGCAUUGACAUAUCUGCUCCGCCUAUCGGUUUGAAGAAAGAAAUGCUUGAUCUCAUGGGUGAACAAAGCGAGAAAAUGGAAGUUAAAGUGUGCAGUGGUUAUGAAGUUGGAGAUGGGAUUGUGCGGUUGAAGGCAAAGCGUGGUCGGCCUAAGGGUUCAAAGAAUAAGAAGAAAAAUGUUGGUAAUGAUAGUAAGAUUGAGGUUGUCUGUUCGACAGGGCUGGAGGAUGAGAUCAUUAUUGGAGAAGAAAUGGGGAGAUUGCCAAGUGGAGCCACUUCUGAGGAUGUUCUGAUGAAGAAGAAGCGUGGUCGGCCAAAGGGUUCAAAGACUAGGAAGAAAAAUAUUGUAGGUGAGCCAAUUCAGGAAAUGCCUGGUGAUAUAGUAGUUGGCAAUCACGGUAAUGGUGAAGAUGCUUCCGUGAAGGGUUUGGAGAAUGAGAUGCCUAUUCUUUUGGGUGAGAAAGAUAAGCGAAUGCCUGUGGAAGCCUCUGGUAAUAAUGGAGGAGGAAAUGUGGACUCCCAACAAAAAGAUAGGCAUGGUCGAUCGAAGGGUACAAAAACCAAGAGACUAAAUGCUGCUGUUAGAAAACACCGAAGGCAGGAAGGGGAAAACGUUGAAAAAGUUGAUGGUAGAGAUGAGAGAUCAGAGAAAAAGCGUGGCCGACCUAAGGGUUCAAAGAAAAAGAGACAAAUUCUUAUUGCUGAAGCUUGGAGUAAGAUUGCAGCACUGCAGCAUCAAAGUUCAACAUCAGUAUUGGAGGUAGAACAUCAGAAAGAAAAGGAUUUGAAGGAGGACUUUGGUUUUCCGGUGGAGCAAUUGAAAAACUCUCAUAUGGAAAAACAUUAUCAUAAGAGGCCUAGAGGGAGACCCCGGAAGAACUUUGCUUUCCCUGUGGAGCAAUUGAAAAACUCUGAUGAUAUAGAAAACAAUUGCCAUAAGAGGCCUAGAGGGAGACCCCGGAAGUUCAACAACCAGCAUCCGAUUACCAGUGAGUUUAACAGGGGAAAAUCUACUGAUAUGUCGGAUGAUAAAAAGGAGAGUUUAAUGUGCCACCAGUGCUUGAAGAAUGGCAGAAAAGGUGUCGUCGUUUGUUUAAACUGCAGAAGGAAACGCUAUUGCUACGCAUGCCUUGCAAAGUGGUACCCAGACAAGACAAAACAGGACAUAGAGAUUGCAUGUCCAUAUUGUCGUGGUAACUGCAACUGCCGAAUAUGCCUCAAGGAGGAUUUAGUUGUGGUGGCUGGGAAUGAAGAAACAAAUGCAAAUGUUAAGUUGCAAAAGUUGCUUUACUUGCUAUGCAAGACACUUCCUCUCCUUCGGCAUAUCCAACAGGAGCAGAAGUCUGAAUUAGAUGUGGAAUGCUGUUUGCAGGGUGUCCAGAUGACAGAGGAGGACCUCACGAGAUCCAUACUAGAGGAUGAUGAUCGAGUGUAUUGUGACAAUUGCAACACAUCCAUUGUCAAUUUCCACAGAAGCUGCCCUAAUCCUGAUUGUUCUUACGACCUCUGUCUCACUUGUUGCUCGGAACUAAGGGAAGGAUGCCAGCCUGGAGGUGGUGAAGCAGAAUCAUCUUGUCGGCAGUCUUUUCAAAGAGUAUAUGGUAAAGGCACAGUCACAAAUGGCCAGAUUCCUGCUAAUGGGAAUGUAUCGCAGAGCGAAAUGGCUGUACCAUUAAAUGGGUGCACAACUGAUAUGUCAUCUGAUUUUCCUGAUUGGAUAGCGGAGGCUGAUGGUAGGAUUCCUUGUCCUCCGAAAGCACGGGGAGGUUGUGGUGCCCAGUUACUUGAACUGAGACGUAUCUUUGAAGCGAAUUGGGUUGAAAAACUAAUUUUGAGUUCCGAGUACCUCACUAUCAAUUAUCAGGCACCAGAUAUUGAUUUUUCUCGAGGAUGUUCUUUGUGCCAUUCUAUCAGUUCUGCUGGAGAUGGAGUAAAAGCUUCUGAAGUAAGGCAGGCGGCUUAUAGGGAGCACUCCCAUGAUAACUUUCUCUACUGCCCAAAUUCUGUUCAUCUGGGGGACAAUGAUAUUGAGCAUUUCCAGUUACACUGGACGAGAGGCGAACCUGUUGUAGUUAGGAAUGUACUAAAAAAGGCUGCUGGCCUGAGCUGGGAACCAAUGGUUAUGUGGAGGGCUUUUAUUGGGGCGAAAAAAGUAUUGAAAGAGGAGGCUGUCAGGGUCAAAGCCAUUGAUUGCCUUGAUUGGUGUGAGGUUGAGAUUAAUAUUUUUCAGUUCUUUAAGGGCUAUAUAGAGGGCCGUAAGUAUAGUACUGGGUGGCCAGAGAUGUUGAAGCUGAAGGAUUGGCCCGCAUCAAAUUCCUUUGACGAGUGUUUACCAAGGCAUUUUGCUGAAUGUAUUGCCAUGCUUCCAUUUUGUGACUAUACCCAUCCCAAAUCGGGUGUUCUAAAUCUUGCGACUAAGCUUCCUGUUGCCUUAAAGCCAGACUUGGGACCAAAGACGUACAUCGCUUAUGGAACAAUGGAGGAGCUUGGUAGAGGUGAUUCAGUAACAAAACUGCACUGUGACAUUUCUGAUGCGGUUAAUGUGCUGACACACACAACGGAAGUAAAGAUUCCUCCACGACAGCGGAAAAUCAUCAACCAAUUACAGAAGCAAUAUGAAGCUGAAAAUGAAAUAAUUGAAAGGAAUUCAUGUAACGAAUAUCUUGAGCCUUCUAAUUUGACAGAAGACAUGAAGUUUGUCAAUGCCCUGGAGUCCAGUUCAAUUCCAACUAGAAAUGCUCGAAGUAAUGAUACUUCAGAGGUUGUAUAUGGAGGUGCUGUGUGGGACAUUUUCCGUCGCCAAGAUGUACCCAAGUUAAAAGAGUACCUACAGAAGCAUCACAAAGAAUUCUACCACAUCAGUAAUUCCCCCGUGAAUUCUGUUAUUCAUCCUAUUCACGACCAGACUCUUUAUCUUAAUGAGAAGCAUAAAAAGAAGUUGAAGGAAGAGUUUGAUGUUGAGCCUUGGACAUUUGAGCAACACCUCGGCGAGGCUGUUUUCAUUCCUGCUGGAUGCCCACAUCAAGUGAGAAAUAGGAAGUCAUGCAUUAAAGUGGCCCUCGAUUUUGUUUCCCCCGAAAAUAUUCAAGAAUGCAUCCGACUAACAGAGGAGUUUCGCUUGCUUCCGGAAAAGCAUAGAUCCAAGGAAGAUAAAUUGGAGGUGAAGAAGAUGGCGCUAUUCGCGGCGAGCGAUGCUAUAAAUGAAGCCAAAAAUCUGAUGUCAAAAAAUGAUUCAUUAAACGGAGCGUGGGAGCUUAGGAGGAGCAGCCAUUCCGAUUGAAAGUGCCGGUCGGAGAUAUCGGUUUAACCCUGCAGUUCAUUAAACGGAGCGUGGGAGCUUAGGAGGAGCAGCCAUUCCGAUUGAAAGUGCCGGUCGGAGAUGUCGGUUUAACGUUGUAGAGUUGAGGAUUAUGAAAGCUUUGCUCGUAGAGAAGUGAUCUUUCGCCUUCAUAGCUUGCAUUGUGACUAUUUCAUGUAAAGAUGUAAAUGAUAAUGUUUAGAUUUCUUCGUAAAUAAGCCCCUUUUUUCAAAAAAGGGGAGUAGCUCGCGUCACGGCAGUCCACCCUUCUUUCGUAAAUAAGCCCCUAUUUUGAUGUGUUCA